GGCCUGCAAUGCAGCAGCUAAAGGAACAAAGGAAACUAUUCCGACAGCACCCGUUGGACAUUAUCAAAUUAUGGCUGUUUCUUGGUUUGCUUUUGAACGUGGCCCAAUAUCCAAAAGCUGUCAAGGCUAUCGAUGAUGUGGCUAAUGUUUCGCCGUGUGAACUGGAAUCGAUAAUAAAUCAAUUGGUGAAUCCUUCCCAACAGUACCAAAUGCAUGUAUCGUCCCUGCGAACUCAAUUGCGCAACAUUUUAAGGGAGAGACAACUCGACGAGGGAGAAGAACAAAGUCUCGACCAUGAUUCAGAUUAUCUGGAAGAGGACAAACGCUCAGUGGCUGCAUUGGCUGCCCAGGGAUUACUGAAUUUGAAUGGCUCUCCGAAACGUAGUCUUGCCACCUUAGCCAAGAAUGGGCAACUGCCUACACCCGAUCCGGAAAUUGUGCCCGACGAGGACCAACGUUCGGAGGAUAAACGUUAUAUUGGCUCUCUUGCCCGUUCUGGCCAAAUGUUAGGUUUUGGAAAGCGUAAUAUAGGCACCUUGGCCCGAGACUUCCAAUUGCCCAAUGGCAAACGAAAUCUGGCUACCAUGGCACGCUUGGGCCUUUUGGGUCGCAAUGAGCCUAAACGUAAUAUGGCUGCGGUGGCCCGUUACAACUCGCAGCGUAUGUACAACAAUGCUGCUGAGAAACGUAACAUCGGUGCGCUGAAGGCCUCGCCCGUUCACGGCGUACAGCAGAAACGAGGCGAAGACGAGGCCCCUGUAUACUUGCCAGCCACCUUUGACUAUGUCGAUCCUUUGGCGUACUAUUGGAAUUAUGGUACCUAUGCUGACAUGGACUGGGGUGAUUUUGGAAGGGCCCAAAAGAGAUUUCUCGACACUUCCAAGGACCCGGAAUUAUUCGGCAUCGAAAAUGCUAAUUUCCUGCAAAGUUUGGACUCGAAUGAGGCGUCUGCAAAUCAAGUCGAAGCCGAGACCGCUGUAAAUACCGACCCGAAUACAGAAUCCGCUGACGAGCCCAUAUCACUAUCCGCCGCCGACACCGUGGACAGCGGUGUCUAUGGAACCCCCGCCAAACGACACAUUGGGGCGGUCUAUCGUUCCGGAUUCCUGCCCUCGUAUAGAGCAUUGCGCAGCCCCAUGGGCUCCGGAAGUGGUGGUGCUGUAGGUGGAGGCCGUUUUAGUCGUUCUGGACGUGCCAGGCAAUUUGUCGAGUAUUACCCCCCACCAGAGCGACUGCGUCAACCCAUCGCAGCCGUUUGUAAACGCUGCUUCUUCCCCUAUCGACCCAUGGUAAACUGGGGUGCUGCCGGAAUGCGUGGUCGCUGGCCCUUGUACAUGCAAUCGAUGGAACACCACAGAAGCAUCUCCACCAAUGACCUACCAUCCGCUUACUAUCCUCGUAACCUGCGACGCCAGGCAGCUGUGUCUGCGCCCUUCCAUUCCUGGGGUACGCCACCACGUAUAACGGCCAUGAAUCGCCGCAGCUUUCGACGCAAUGAUCUCAACAACCUAACACGAUACUAGGAACUCGAACAAAAUUAAAGAUAUACAAAAAAUCAAAAA